AUGUCACCUCGCCGCCCAGUGUCACCCCUCGCCGUCAGUUGCACCCCUCGCCGUCCAGUGUCACCCCUCGCCGUCAGGUGUCACCCCUCUCCGCCCAGUGUCACCCCUCGCCGUCCAGUGUCACCCCUCGGCACCAGUGUCACCCCUCGCCACCCAGUGUCACCUCGCCGUCCAGUGUCACCCCUCGCCGCCCAGUGUCACCCCUCGCCACCCAGUGUCAUCCCUCUCGCCACCCAGUGUCACCCCUCGCCACCCAGUGUCAUCCUGCCGCAGUGUCACCCCUCGCCACCCAGUGUCAUCCUUCGCCACCCAGUGUCACCUCGCCCAGUGUCACCUCGCCACCCAGUGUCAUCCUUCGCCCAGUGUCACCCCUCGCCGCCCAGUGUCACCCUCGCCACCCAGUGUCACCCUCGCCACCCAGUGUCAUCCCUCGCCACCCAGUGUCACCACCUCGCCACCCAGUGUCACCCCUCUCCGCCCAGUGUCACCCCUCGCCACCCAGUGUCACCCCUCGCCACCCAGUGUCAUCCCUCGCCACCCAGUAUCAUCCCUCGCCACCCAGUAUCAUCCUCGCCACAGCAUCAUCCUCGCGCCCAGAGUCACCGUCGCCGCCCAGUGUCACCCCUCGCCACCCAGUGUCACCCCUCGCCACCAGUGUCACCCUCGCCGUCCAGUGUCACCCUCGCCGUCCAGUGUCACCCCUCGCCACCCAGUAUCCCCCUCGCCACCCAGUGUCACCUCACACCCAGUGUCACCUCGCCACCCAGUGUCACCCCUCGCCACCCAGUGUCAUCCCUCGCCCAGUAUCAUCCCUCGCCACCCAGCAUCAUCCUCGCCGCCCGUCACCGUCGCGCCAGUGUCACCCUCGCCGCAGUGUCACCCUCGCCACCCAGCAUCAUCCCUCUCAGUGUCACCCCUCGGCACCCAGUGUCACCCCUCGCCACCCAGUGUCACCUCGCCGCCCAGUGUCACCCUCGGCACAGUGUCACCCUCGCCGCCCAGUGUCACCCCUCGCCGCCCAGUGUCCCCUCGCCGCCCAGUGUCACCCCUCGCCACCCAGUGUCACCCCUCGCCACCCAGCAUCAUCCCUCGCCGUCCAGUGUCACCCCUCGGCACCCAGUGUCACCCCUCGCAGCCCAGUGUCACCCCUCGCACCCAGUGUCACCCCUCGCCGCCCAGUGUCACCCCUCGCCGCCCAGUGUCACCCCUCGCCGCCCAGUGUCACCCCUCUGCCCAGUGUCACCCCUCUCCGCCAAGUGUCACCCCCUCGCCGCCCAGUGUCACCCCUCGCCGCCCAGUGUCACCCCUCUCCGCCAAGUGUCACCUCGCCGCCCAGUGUCACCCCUCGCCACCCAGGUACGUCCCCUCGCACCCAGCAUCAUCCCUCGCCGUCCAGUGUCACCCCUCGGCACCCAGUGUCACCCUCGCCACAGUGUCACCCUCGCCACCCAGCAUCAUCCCUCGCCGCCCAGUGUCCACCUCGCCACCCAGCAUCAUCCUCGCCGCCCAGUGUCACCCUCGCCGUCCAGUGUCACCCCUCGGCACCAGUCACCCUCGCCGCCCAGUGUCACCCCUCGCCACCCAGCAUCAUCCUCCCAGCCAGUGUCACCCCUCGCCCAGGUCCAGUGUCACCCCUCGCCACCCAGCAUCAUCCCUCGCCGCCCAGUGUCACCCCUCGCCGUCCAGUGUCACCCCUCGGCCCCAGUGUCUCCCCUCGCCGCCCAGUCUCACCCCUCGCCACCCAUCAUCCUCGCCGCCCAGUGUCACCCCUCGCCGUCAGGUGUCACCCCUCGCCACCUAGCAUCAUCCUCGCCACCCAGUGUCACCCUGCUUAGUCCAGUGUCACCUCGGCACUAG